AACAAACGCAUUGAAUUAUGGGUAGGACAUGUCUGCGUCCUGUCUUUACCUCGGGAGCCACCUUGCUAUAAUCUUAUGCGCAAGUUAUCGUAAGGAUUUCUGCUUUAAGACGAUUUCUGUUAAAAAUUACUCCUGAAAAUGUCGGAAAACGCCGAGCAGAAGAGCGCGUCUGGAAAUGCGCUCACGCGGGAUGUCAUUGCUGAAAUGUUGAUGAAGAAUUUCGAGAAACUGCCUGACAUUGAUCGGAAAAUAUUCUUGUAUGGACCAUUAUAUCUCGGGGGUAACGCCGGAUUUGCAGGACUGAUAUCCAACAGCUUGUAUCGCCGGAUUCUGAACGUCAGAGCGGCACCUUUCGCCUCCAGCCUGCCGAUGGCCGUGCUGCCCUUCCUGACAACAUGUGCCCUGUACAACGCAGCGGUGUCCCACCCCCUCCUGUCCGGCGAGAUCAACUGCCCCUCCUGCACUCUCAUGCGUGGUGCGCUCAUUGGUGUGGUCGGUGGUGGUCUGUACCCGAUUCUGUUGGCAUUGCCCCUGAAUAUUGGCCUUGCAUCCAGGUACAGCACAGCGCCACUUCCAGAGAAGGCCAACAUGCUGCGGUACUGUGUGGACAUCUCCAGACCCGUGAUUAAAAAAAUGAGGGCAGUUCUGUUGCUUCAGGCCUUGUUUGGCACCUACCUGGGCUCCAGGCACUUCAGUGCCUACACCAAAUUGGCUGAGAUCACAUUUGGCCGGAAUGAACAGCUCCUAGACUAAGAUGUACAGAACUCAAAUAAACCUUUAUGCAUUUAUAUAAACGGAAUUUACAAUUUGACACGGAGUAUACCUUGUUGCCUACAAAUAAAAUCAAGUGUGUCUAUCUAA